AUGGCGGGGGUUGAUUAUAUGGAAUGGGGUAUGUGUAUUGAAGAGUGGGAGCGUGAUGACGAGCUCCCUCCGCCACAUUUACUGGCGGUCGACGACAUCGACGAAGAAAAGUUCAUGAAAAGGGAGUUUCAACAAAGCUUCAGUUGUAAUAAUAACAAUAAUCAAGAUGAUGAUAGUGGCAAAGAAAGAGUUACCGAUCGUGAACUUGGAAAUUUGGGAAGCUUGUACAACAGCUUCAUAAGCAACAACUUCAUCGGGUUAAUGCUCUUGCAUAGCUCUUUUCCAUUGAAAAAAAAAAUCCUGCAACAAUUACUGAACUUUAAGGAUCCUAGUAGCCCCGCCAUGUUCACCUUGUACAACAAACCACUGAACAUAGUAGAUGGGAGGAUGCAGUAUUUGUUCGAUGACAAGGGGCGAAGAUACCUAGACACAUUUGGAGGGAUUGCUACUGUGUGUUACGGCCAUUGUCACCCUGACAUAGUAGAAGUAAUCGUCAAUCAGACCAAACGCUUGCAAUACUCCACUAUUCCCUACCUCAACCAUUGCUUCGUUGAUUUCACUGAGGCCCUUGCCAACAAGUUACCAGGCAAUCUCAAGGUAGUAUUCUUUACAAAUUCAAGGAAAAAAGAAAAUGAGUUGGCGAUGAUGAUAGCAAGACUAUAUACCAGAUUCCAUGACAUAAUAUCAUUGAGGAAUGCAUAUCAUGGGAAUGGUUCGGGGACCAUGAGAGUCAAUACACAAAGUAAUUGGAAGUUCAAUGUUAUACAGUCCGUAGGCAAUGGCUACAGCAGUUGGCUCGUUGAUUAUACGCAUGACAUUGAGGCCAUCAACGACACCAUCAUCUUUUGUAGCUUGAUGGUGGGACUCAUUGAAGUAAGUCAGAACAGUAACGACAACGUUUUUAAUGGUUGACCCAAGAUAAGCCUCGGCAAUCUCUUUCAUCUUCGUUAGGACCAUAGAGGAGAUUUCU